GAGAGAAAGAGAAAGAGAGGGAGCGUGGCGCCACUUUACCGAGAAGAGUAAAUAAUAAAGAGUUGUAGCUGGGACUGUCCAACUACUUGGACACAGAGAAGCACAGCAAACAUCGGGCACCAUCUACAACAAUGAAUGACAUCAAACUAGCCCUGCUGGGCAGUGAGGGAGCAGGCAAAUCUGCGGUUUUGGUGAGAUUUUUGACCAAGCGAUUCAUAGGAGAAUAUGCGUCAAAUACCAACUCCUUAUACCAAAAAAGGCUUUCCAUUGAUGGAAGACAGCUGAACUUGGAAGUCUUUGAUCCGUGCUCACAGAGUGGAGAAAGCAAAGGUAUCCUAGAGGAACCACUGGACUGGGCUGAUGGCUUUGUGGUGGUGUACACCAUCAGCGACCGUACAUCCUUCCUAAAUGCCAAAAACAUCCUGGCACAGAUCAAAGAGAGUCGUCGAGAGACCUGUAAAGGGGACGUUCCCAUCUGCCUGGUGGGUAACAAGCAGGACUUAUGCCACAGCCGCCAAGUGGGUGAAGAGGAGGGCCGCUCUCUUGCCCAGGAGAACAAAUGCAUCUUCCAGGAGGUUUCAGCGGCUGAGAACUACCUGGAGAUCUCCAACCUCUUCACAAAGCUCAUCCGCCAUGUGAUGGAACAGCUUAAGCAUAGAGGCGACCGCAGGCGGUACAGUGGCUCCAAAUCCAUGGCCAAGCUCAUAAACAAUGUCUUUGGCAAGAGGAGACAGUCUGUUUGAGUGCAGCACAUGAAAAGCCUAGAAAAGAGCAAUGAGUCUGUCUCCAUUGAAUCAGUAAUGGAGAUUUCACCCUGUUAAACCUGAUGUUCUUGGAAAUGUUUUAUGUGUAUGAAUAGAAGUAUGCUUUGAUACAUAGUGCAAAUUCAAACCACUAUGAGAAAUCCCACACAGCCGAGAACAUCAUAUAUAGCAGGGGUUCUCAAACUUUUUGAUUGCUGACACAGUAUCCCAUGCAAUGACACAUUCUUCGCACUUACCAUAUUUGCAUUUAUUUGCAUAAAUAAUUUUAGUUCAAGAGUUACCUUUAUGGAAUGUGAUUUUCUUUAGAAAGAAAAAUCUUUGCCUUAUGUUUCCUUAUUAUUUUAUGAUUUUUCUUUUAUUUCUUUCAGAAGAGUCAGAAAACCCAAAGCAGGUUUUGUCUUAAAAUUCAUAUUUUUGUUGGCAUAUAUUCACCUCUUGAUAAUAUUUUCAAUAUCUCUAAGAAUAAUGGGGAAUGUUUGCAAAUUGGUAAAGCAUUUGCUUUUCUCUUGAAAGAGUAGCACACAUUAUUUCACUUGCUCUCUGAAAAUGUUUUAAUGGCAUGAGACCGGGUUUGCGUCAAGGAAUGCACAACAAAGUUGAGGUGAAUUUCAUAUAUCAAGAUGCUGUGAUGAGGUGUAAAAUGCAGAUAAAUUACCUUUCUAACAAAAACCCAUGGCAGAGGAAUGAAAAUAAAACUUCUGCAUACCUUAUGUAGCAUUCUUAGGGCCUCUUUCGAAUAAAAACAAUGAACUGCAGCUUUUCCCCAUGUACAGUUGCAAGAAGAGGUUUGUGGACCCUUGGGAAUGACCCGUGUAAAAACACACUCUGGUUCAUGUUAAUCACAAAAACAAGGUAAAACAAACUAACAAAGAAUGUUCCCAGAACUUUGGUUAAUGUUCUGUCAAGUUUCUCUCAAAGUUAUCAAAAAGAGUUCUUCCAGUAAUGUUAAUAGAAUGUUUGUUCAGAGUUAUCUGGUAUUUACUAAUGUUCUCAAAACAUUAGCACUAAACAUUAUUUAUACAUAAUUCCUCUAAUGUUUUAUCUC